CCAGUGCUGUCACUUGCCACAUUUGAAUUCGAAGUGACAGUAGUGGCCGUUAAGUUCCAAUUUCUUAAAAAUUUCGUAAAAUUGAAUGAAACUUCAGCUCCAAUGGCUGUGGUUGCAAAAGUAGCAGACUGGUUGAAAAAUCUGGAAUAUGACGGUCCCGUACCGUCCAGUUUAUCAAAAAUCUGUAAUGCCAACACUGCCUUUAUUUGGGAGCAAUUAAUUACGAAUGUGAGGCACCGGUCGGAAGUUGGCGCCAUCCGCAAAAACAUAAUUAUAAGUCGGUUAGCAAAAAAAUCGCUCAGAGAUCAGCAGGAUGAGUUCGAUUAUUCGAUCAGAGAGAUUGAUAUUUAUGCCAAAAAGAGGAAACUUGAGAGUAAAGUUGAGCGUCUUCAGAGCCAGAUUGAGGAGAAAGAAUCAGAGAUUGAUGACCUUCUUAAAAAUAAUAAACUCACUUACGCCACUAUUGAUAAUAUGAAGGCAAAGAUUAGGGAGAAUUUGGAGAAGAGGUUUUUAUUGGAGAAAAAAGCACAAGUGCUUGAGGCGGAUUUAAACCACGCCAGGGAAGUUGUGACUUUAGCCAGAAGCGUAACUCCUGUCGAAAUGGACGAGAAUUCAAACAGUGAUGAAAUCACUCAAACGCUACAAAAGUGUGCAGAAAAGCUGCAAAAACUGUCCCAACAAACUUUCGUUUCGUCCAAAACAAACAGCUUUUCUAAAUGUAUAAAAAUGGAAACUAGAGAAGAACCCAAACGCGAGUCUUUAGGUCUAUUGAGACCUUCCGAUUAUUUCAGCAUUAGCGACGAUUUUGAGUUCUCGUUUUUAAGUCCGAAAAAAGACAAUUUGUUUGUUUCAUUACCUAAGGAAAAAUUUGAUGAUCUUGAGGUCCAAAACGAUUUAAAAAAAUUGUUGCACACGAAUAACAGAUUUCUGAUUUUAAAACAGUUCGGAAAAAUUUACGAUGAACUAAUUUGCCAAUUUCAGACACCACUAACGUGUGAUACACCCGACAGGGAUUCAGUCAAUCACGAUGAUUUAACGCGAUUGUAUUUCAUACACGCUAAAGAGGAGCUGAAAAAAGACAAGUAUCGAUUACAAUUGGAAAAAUUGAAAGAAACGGUAACCAAACGCGAAGGCGAAAUUCUAAGUCAAAUACACGGAAAUCGGGCCGAAAUCACAAAAAUGUUCCAAUUACAAAGCGAGAAAGUGUAUCACAAAGCUAUCAAAUUUUUUCUACAGAAAGAAAUAAAUUCGCACAGACAGCUUGAUAGUGGCAACGAAAUUUACGUCACAAAGUCAAAGAUAAAACAAACGCAAGGCGAAAUUACUUGUAAAAUUGAACGUGUUAAUAAUUUAGUGUGUGAUAUAUCCACACUCAUUUCUGACAUUAAAACAAAUGCCAAAGAAACCGCCAUAUGUGUGAAAACACUGUACUUCCAUAUCUGCGACAUGUCUUGGGCUGAUUUUCUAACACAGGGCGUUAACUUGGAGGAAAUUGAGACGUUCCGAAAGUACCCUCUUGAAUUUAACCGCCGGUUUGCCUUCACUGACCGAAAUUUAUUUUACCGCGAUGUUGCCCACACUGAAGUCGCGGCUUUCGCCGAUUUGGAUUCGGCUGAUUUCCGAGCGGUUACGGGUUUAAUCGAUGUGCCCUUUAGCCACCCGGAAAGUGUAGUUUUGGACACUCUGCGGAAAAAAGUUUUUUUGAAUACUUUGAAAGGCUUGUCGGAAGAGACACCAAAACUGGAGUGUCAAAACUUUUGUUUUGACGAAGGUUGGGUGGGAAGCACCGAAAAUCAGCUCAUUUCGAUCAUACAUUCGCCUGUGAUUCACCGCGUGUUGGCAGCGCCGUCUGAAGUCAGGGAAAACACCGAACUGUGGACGGAAAUGUCCUUCAGGAAUUUUAUUUCGCCGAUGCGACUGGUCGAUGGGCAGGAUUAUAGGUUUUAUGAAGAGAAGUUGAAAGAGUUAAGUAAAGAAAACUGUUAGGUGUGUAUUUACAUUAUUGUUAUUAAAUUGAACUACGAA